AUGUUAAGGUGUACUCUUGACAGAAGAAAUUUACUAUUAAAAAAUGAAAUUUUGAUUUUGCGUAAUUUAGCAAGUCAUGGACAUACUGAGAAUGAUACUAAUGUUGUUAGAAAACCUGCUAAUUAUAAACCUGGUUCAGAUUCGUAUGCCUAUGAAAAUCCCUGGCCAAAAUUAAAUGGUGGUCGUUUAGACUGGUUGUUUGGCGAUGGAUGGAGAAGACCACUUGCUAAAGAUCAAGGUGGUAAAAUGAGAAAGGAAUGGAUAUGGUUUGAACAAAAUCCUAGGGAUGAACAUAAAGAUUGGUUUAAGUUUCAUUCUCUUUCAUUUGCAUUGUUUACUGUUGCGGUAACAUGGUUUACUUGUUUUGUUAUAUGGGUAAAACCAGAUUGGCCAAGUGGCAAAGAAUGGGCAUUACGUGAGGCUCAUUUAGAAAUGGCUAGACGUGAAAAGGCAGGAUUACCAUAUAUAAGCAAGGAUUUUGUUAAUCCAGAAAGAGUUGCAGCAUCUCUUCCAUCAGAUGAGGAAUUACGUGAUUUUGAAAUUCUUAUUUAG